AUGCACUUCUAGCCAGGAUCUUCUGUGGAGCUGAGUCAAAUUAGGGUUUCCGUUCCCACUCUAUGAAAGCUGUGCCUUCGGUCAUCAUUCUCCUUGACAACGUCAGCAAGCAAGCGAUAGAAACGAAGCGAGCGUGGCGAUGGAACAGACAGACCUUCAUCAUGAUCAAGCCCGACGGCGUCCAACGCGGCCUGGUUGGAGAAAUCAUUAGUAGGUUUGAGAAAAAGGGUUUCUACUUGAAAGGUGAAGAUUUUACCAACUGCAAUCCUUUUUUUGUUUUCCCCGUCUACUUUAGAGAAGAAACGAGAAAUUUUCUUGGUUAUUUUUGUGCGUCGAUCAGGGUUGAAGUUGGUCGGCGUGGAACGCUCCUUUGCGGAGAAACACUACGUCGACCUCUCCAUGAAGCCUUUCUUUGGUUCCCUUGUGGAGUACAUCAUCUCUGGUCCGGUGGUAGCGAUGGUAUGGACGCGAAAGAAUGUGGUGGUCAGACUAUGCAAUUGAGAUUGGCAGGGUCCAUGAUGCUUCCUUCCAACAUGGUGACAACCAUGCUAAUUGAAGCAACAUGAUGAGUGUUGCUGCAUCAUUCUAUAAGGCAACUUUAGCAGUUACAACAGGGA